AUGGCGCGCUUCCGCGUCCCCUUCGCCUCCCUCCCCAUCCCAGAACGCCUCCGUGUGCUCCCCGCGCCCACGAUCCGCAUCAUCGCCCUCCUCGUCACCAUAAACGUCCUCAUCUGGAUCGUCGCCGGCAUCAUCCUGCACUUCCACCCCGCCCUCAUCUCCCCCGCCGCCCUCUCCUUCGUCCUCGGCCUCCGCCAUGCCCUCGACGCCGACCACAUCUCCGCCAUCGACCUCAUGACCCGGCGCCUCAUCGCGUCGGGCCAGCGCCCCGUCACCGUCGGCACCUUCUUUUCGCUGGGCCACAGCACCAUUGUCAUCGUCACCUGCGUCGUCGUCGCCGCGACCAGCGGCGCGCUGAGGGACCGCUUCGACGGCUUCACGCGCGUCGGGAACAUCGUGGGCACGAGUGUCAGCGCGGCGUUCUUGUUGUUGCUGUGUGCUGGAAACGGGUGGGUGCUGUACAAGCUUGUCAGGAGGCUGCGGGUCGUGCUGGAGGAGGAGCGGAGGAAGGGACUGGAGGGGUACGAGCCGACGGAGGAGGAGGGGGAUGCGGCGACGAACCUGAAGCUGGAGGGCGAGGGGUUCCUGGCCGGCGUGUUCAGGAAGGUGUUUCGCGUCGUGGACCGGCCGUGGAAGAUGUUUCCCCUGGGGAUCUUGUUCGGGCUGGGCUUUGACACGAGCUCCGAGAUUGCCAUUCUCGGGCUGUCGAGUGUGCAUGGUGCGCAGGGGACGAGCAUCUGGCUCAUCCUUAUCUUUCCCGUUCUCUUCACAGCCGGCAUGUGCCUCCUCGACACCACCGACGGCGCCCUCAUGAUGGCCCUUUAUACAUCCAAGGCCUUUUCGCGCGACCGCGUCGCCAUCCUCUACUAUUCCAUCGUCCUCACGGGCAUCACCGUCUUUGUUUCAGCAUUUAUCGGCAUCAUUCAAGUCCUGUCCCUCAUUGCCAACGUCGCCGAGCCCGAAGGCAGCUUCUGGGACGGUGUGGACGCCAUUGGGGAGCACUUUGACAUCAUCGGCGGCAGUAUCUGCGGACUCUUUGUCGUUGUCGGGCUGGGAUCGGUCCUGGUGUACCGUCCGUGGCGCAAGCGAGUGGAGAAGAAGAAUCAGGAGAGGGCGGUGCUGGUGCCCCAAGAGGAGCAGGGCUUGGGAGCGGGCGAGGGGCCUAGUUACGGUGCUGUUGUGGCCGGGAAUCCCGUAUUGAAAAAGGGGGCCGUUACGAGCGAGACAGACGUACAGGAAUAG